GUGUGGGCUGAAGUCUCGCGAGCGGAUGUCCCGUGCGUAAUGCGUGUGUCUUUACUGCAUGCUGCUGCUGCCGUGGGCUCCUCCACCUCCACAACCGUCCACAGCACAGCCAGAACCGCAUUCCGACGCGAAGGAGCGAGCGAUAUGUGAGCGCGGCACGGCACGGACGUCUCCCUCUGCUCGUUAACCCGCAUUUAGGAGCACAAUGUCCGGCGUCAAAGAGGCGAGUACGUGCCCCGACGGAUACCGGGAGUUGAGCACGGAGGAGCUUCGGGAGCUACUGCGAGACGACGGCAAAAUGGACCAAAUCAUACGGCUCAAUGAAAAGUUCCAGGAGCUCCAGGUGGACCGGGAGAACCUUCUGAUGACAAACCGUAGCCUGGCGGAGGUGAGCCUGGCCCAGAGACCGCGCCUCAAUACAGGCAAAGUACAGCUCGCAGACAAGUACCAGGAAUUGUCCAACCUAGCAACCUCAUGCUGGGACAAACAGAGCCAGCUGGAGGCCAGAGGGCACAAAGGCAGCGUACAGAGCGCCCAGAACAUGCUGCAGGAGGAGGUGACACGGGCGGAGGAGCAGUCAGAGGAGCUGCUAGAGAAGUUCAUGGAGGGGAAUCUGGCUCUGGACGACUUCCUGGACUCUUUCCAACGAUGGCGUCGAACCUACCAUGUCCGGAGAGCGCAGGCUGAGAAGAUGCAGGAGCUGUCCCAGGCCAAGCCCCUCAAACCUUGCAGCCGGACAGGAGCAGAACCGGACCCACCCACUGCCACCCAGGACAACCGGGACUCCCAGCCUGCCCCAGAACCGCACAGACCCAACGGCUUCCUCCCCCAAGGCCCACUCAGAGUCUUCCAAGUGCGUUAUGGGCUGACUCCAGCAAUCCUGGUGCCCCACUGCCCGCUGUCACCCACCGGCAGCGCCCCAUGCCACCACCCUUCUCCCACCCCGCUGCCGCCCCCGCUCCCCUCCACACACGGGCCAGCGGUGGGGUUGAGGUUGAUUGGACAGCUGCCGGGAGGGUGGGCGAGCGGGAGGCCGGUCCGGGUGCAGCAGCUGUACCGACCCAGCCCCGCGCACACAGAGCCCCCCUGUCGAUAAGGGUUUGAAAGACAGUUUGAGUAAUGCAAGGACCGGACUACCUCACUCCCCUCCCAGCAGUGAUGGACGCAGGGGAGUAGGAGGGGUGGGCGUAUGAGACAAGUUGGUUCUUCCUUUACAAAAGAAAUUACUGAUUUUUUAGGUUUAUUCUAAUGCAUUUUUGAACUGAAGCACAGGUUGCAAAGCACAUGGCGCAGAAGACCUAAACAUGCAGCAGUGUAUGUCCACACUAAUGGCUUUUCUGGCCACUAUCAGUUUUGUUUUCUUUUAGUUUUUGUGAUUUGGGGCAUAAUUGGUGAUCACAAUUAAAAUCCAAGGCAAAAACUGAAUUUUAAUCAUUUAUUGAAUUAUUACUGUGAAUAAAAAGUGAAAACAUUUCAUAAAUGACACUACUGCGACAUGAGUGGAGUGACUGAAGUGCCUUCCCUGGCAAAGUUUGAGUGAAUAAUUAAAAUAAUGGGGCCUUCCACUUUAAUGUGCUUUACAGGCUUCUCAAAGUACUACACUAUAGUCAUAAUGCCUUCACUCCACACUUGGUGGUGGUAAGAUACUUCUGUAGUCACAGCUGCCCUGGAGCAGAUGACAUAAUCAAGGCUUUUAAUCUGCGCCAUCAGCCCCAUCACUCACAUAGCUCAUUCAUAUUAGGCAAAGUAGGUGAAGUGUCUUGUCUAAGGACACAAUGACAUUAUGCAAUGGUCCAAACGGACUACAACAAACUUCCCUUUGUAAAAUUCUUCAGUGCUUUGUAAAAUCAUAAUCUCCAUGACUGAUCUCAGAUCUACUCAUGGCACAGAUGUCAUUAGCAGAAAAGACGUUAGCGUGGACAUGCACAGAGGCAGAGGCUGUGAAAUGCCCGCUCCACUGUUUACACUGUGUCCGCUCAUUACCCACAGUCCUUUGCAGCGUGCUUUAUUUAUUCAUGUAAAUCCUGUUUGAAUGCCUGACUUCAGAGUGUGCUGUUGGGGAUAUGAGACACUGCUGCUGUUGAGAAUGUGGGCUUUGUGCUGCGUUCAAGUGAGCUGGGGGAAAUGCACACUGCUCCAAACCGAACAAAAGGAAAGACUGCAGUUAAGAUUUGUGUUUUCACUGCAAAAAAGAAUACAUUGGUAUUUGAGUUCAGAAUAUGAAUAUUUGAAUUAGAGGUGAGUUUACAGAUACAAAGCCCUUUUUGUAAAGUUUGCAUGUUCUUCCCGUGUUUGAAUGGGUCUCUAUUAUCAACCUAAAACACAUGCACUGUAGGCUAACGCUAUUCCUUCAGAUAGCAGCUACUCCUGCUAAUCUGGAGAAGGAUGCCCACAUAGAACCAUUUCUUUGAGGUUUUUUUUUAGUUUGUUUAGUUUUUUUCCCUUGCUCGGAUACUUUUUUUUUUUUUUUUUUUUUUUAAAGUAAACUACUUACAAUUUGAAUAAGAACAUUUAGCAUUUAAGAUGACAGAAAAAAACUGAAACCAGUCAGUAAAUUAAAGUGGGACUAAGCCUCUAAACUCCGGCCAAAACCACAUUUCAAAUAGAGCUGCUAAACUGAACUGUACCUGCAGGACUAAAGAGAGUGAGGGGAGAAGAGGGGCAGAGUCUGGGUAUGAGGAACUGUGUAAUUGGUCUAAAAGGUAUCAACAUUACAAACACCUAGUUGCAGGGGUGGAGUUUGAAAUCAGAAACACCUGUAAUCAAUGCAGUCUUUGUAUGAUGUCAUAAAGUACCUGAAAUUGCCGUGACCAGUGGACCGAACACACCCUAAUUUUUAUGCAUUUUUUACCACUACUGCAAAUGUAGUUUGGAAUUGCCAAAAAGGACUAGGAACAGAACAGUUUAGUUCCACUUAAAAAGGGCCUAUAUUACGCCAUUUUCUGAUCUGUUAUAAUGCUGUUUCCGCAUCACAAACAGACCUGGAGUUGUGUUUUGUUUCAUUCACAUGUUUAACACACAAAUCCUGCAUAUUUAGGCAGAGUUCAUCUCUCAUGAAGAAAACACCUUGUUCCUUCUUGUGAUUGCAGACUAAUAAUAAAGGAUUGCUCAAACGUGCGAGUUAUGCAAAACACAACUCCACGCAUGUUUUUUUUUUUUUUUAUAUAUAUAUCAAAACCAUUGAAAUCAAUAGGAUUCAAAUGAUGACUUAUGGUAUUCAUUUUUGCAGUGUUUAGUGUGUCUUUAUACGUCUUUUAUAGUAUCUUUGAGUUUUUGGAUUGUGGAAGCUUUAACCAUAUAUGGACUGUCUGAGGGAGUGGGCGUAUCCAAAGGAGAAGCCAUGCGUGUGAUUUGGAAUGGUGCCACGUUCUUAUGGUCUUUAUGUUCCUGAAUUAUUCAUACACACGUCUGCCUCUCUACAGGAAAAUGCCUUGUGCAGCCAGUGCCUCACAUGUACACACAAACGCAUUUACAUGACAACCGUGGCCUACAUGUUACAGUAUGAAUAUGAGCUGUCCAUGUUUAAAGGAUCCAUAUUACACUUUUCUGAUCUAGGUUUUAAUGUUUCCUCAUCAAAAACAUACCUGGAGUUGUGUUUUGCUGUAUUCACACAUUUAACACACAGAGACUACAUAUUUAGGCUGAGCAAGUGUUUUCAGCUCAAACUGAAACUUCCACAUUGUGAUGUCAGUUGGUAAUACAGGAAGUGCUCCACUGUGAUUUUAAUCUCCAUACACCUUCAGUAGAAUCAUACGGAUAAUUUCAGCCAUGGAAUUGCCAGUCUCUUCUAAACAAAAGGUGAUUACGUGAUGUUGCUGUGACGGUCCCAUUAGCUGUCUUGCUAUCGGUGGAGGCAGAACAACAAUGCCCUGUGCAGUCUGACUUCUUCAGGACAGUAUCCCAGCUGUGUGAGAGUCAAAAGACCCCCUUGUCCCAGUUUAUAGUCCUGUGGGCAAGUUUCUGUAUUUUUCGAUUGCCUCCUUAAUCCAGCGACGAUGUUUGUUGUCCUCUGUCCCAGUGAUGUUUGCUCCAUCCCUUCACUGUUUCCUUCUCACAUUCUGUCCUAUGUUCUUUUUUCCAUGAAAGCCACUGAAAGCCCUUCCUGUUUCCCCCAGGUAUAUUUUAUUGCAAGACAGGCAGGGUUUUUCGUAUAUGACAUUGUAUUUGUGCUUCGGUUCUAUUUUAUCUUUAGGGUGGAGUUUUCUGUACGGUUUUACUGUGUUUAUAUUGUGUUUUUUCAUUGCCCUUUGUACUUUCUCUGUUAUACCCUAAUGUACGGUGAUGGUACCAUGGCCAUUCCUUUUCCUGGACUUUUUUUCCUUUGUUUAUUGCCCAUUUUUGGUGUUGGCAAGGGUUUUUGAAAAAGUUGUGGGUGUGUUUGUCUUCCUCCCACUUGUUGUGUUCACCUGUUAUAAUGUUGAUGCAGAUGGUGCUGUCGUUCUCCCUCCACCCGUAGGAAGCCAGUGCCAAAACCUGUUUAAAUCAGUUGACUGGACACAUCACAGUAACGUAAGCGAUUCAAACUGUCAGGUAUGAAAACAAACUAAACUUUGGGCUGGAAAAAUUAUCUAUUAAAAUAAAGUAAAUGUAGCUGUUAACAUAAACUACUGCUUCAUGACAUCACAAGGUGUAACAGAGCAUUUUGAGCUUUGUAGAUGUAGACAGGCUAAUAAUGCAGAACUAUUUAAACAUGUAUGAAUGAGCAAAACACAACUUCUGGUAUGUUUUUGAUGAGGCAGCAACAUUCUAACAUGGCUUGAAGCUCACAAGAGUCAAUUUUUUAAUGUAGGACCUUUUAGGACACAAGAAGUGGCUUUACUUUGUGGGUGGGGAGUGAUCAAAAUAAAAGAUAUUUGCAAUGCAUUUUGUGUUCCAGUCAUAUUACGAUUUAUGGACAUCAAUUGUAGAAAUUUUCACUGUUCUAAAGAUCAAAUUGAUGUUUUGAAUUAUUGAAUUACAUUGUUUUCAUUUGGAGUCAAGCGUACUAGACAUCAGUACUAUAGUUGACAAAAAUAAAUGUAUGUUGUUUUCGUUUUUGUUGAGUUAAUGGCACUGCAAAACAUGUGUCUUUACUGAGCAGGCUUGCUUCUCCACAACCUGACUCUUACUCGGCCUGGAGGGUGCUUCCAUGGAAAUGUUCUUCCUUUGGCUAUAUUCCACAGUAUGGCAUAAAUCAUAUCUAUCUCUGUGGUAAAUGUUCCAAAGUAUGGUUUUAAUUUCUAAUUUCUUUCUAAAUCGAUGGAAGCAUGCAGGUGAUGUGCCACCCCCAGAAAGUUACAGUGUGUACCUUUUUAAAAAGGUAAGCAAAAGAGCCAGAAUACUUUUUGAAUGAACCUUAAAUGUAAUGUCUUCAAGGCACUGUACCUGAUUGUACUGUCCUAAG